CGCGUACGCGCAGCCUUUCCCACCAACAAAUCCAAAACACCAACAACAACAACAACAACGUUGUUAAGAACCAACCCCAAUUGCAAAUUGAAGCAGAUGUUGUUUCGUUAGAAACUUGGAAUUACAAUAAUUCCCCUUUCCUCUCUUCAAUUCAAGGUUGUUCCUUUUUCAUCAACAAAACAAGGCAAAGCCAGGGACGAUGAUGUUGUGUUGUUGGAUUUUGUUUUGAGUUUUGGAUAAUUUUGGAUCCCCCAAAUGGCCCAGUCUUUCGGUCAGACCGAGAUUAACUGGGACAAGCUAGAUAAAACUAAGUUCUAUGUCGUAGGAGCUGGACUCUUUACAGGUGUUACUGUUGCACUUUACCCAGUUUCUGUAGUGAAAACUAGGCUGCAGGUUGCUACAAAAGAUGCUGUAGAGAGAAAUGCAUUUUCUGUUGCAAAAGGAUUGCUUAAAACAGAUGGCAUCCCCGGUUUGUAUAGAGGUUUCGGCACAGUUAUCACUGGUGCAAUUCCUGCCAGAAUCAUUUUCCUCUCAACUCUAGAGACCACAAAGGUGGCUGCCUUCAGAAUGCUUGAACCAUUUAGAUUAUCUGAAACUACCCAGGCUGCCAUAGCAAAUGGAGUUGCAGGCAUGACAUCAUCGCUUUUUGCUCAAUCUGUGUUUGUACCAAUUGAUGUGGUUAGCCAAAAGUUGAUGGUGCAAGGAUCCUCAGGCCAUGCCCAGUAUAGUGGGGGUCUGGAUGUUGCUCGUAAAAUUUUAAGGUCUGAUGGCAUCAGGGGAUUGUAUCGAGGUUUUGGUCUAUCUGUUAUUACUUAUUCACCUUCUAGUGCAGUAUGGUGGGCAACUUAUGGCUCAAGCCAACGCUACAUUUGGAGAUUCUUGAACCAUGGUGCCGAAUACGAAGAAGGCACUCCUAGUUUGCAGAAGAUUAUGUUAGUGCAGGCUUCUGGAGGGAUUAUUGCUGGUGCAACUUCAUCCUGCAUUACAACCCCGUUGGAUACUAUCAAGACACGGUUACAGGUUAUGGGACAUGAAAAUAGAAGCUCUAUAAAACAAGUUGCUAAAGAUUUAAUCACUGAAGAUGGUUGGAAAGGCUUAUAUAGAGGGUUCGGUCCAAGAUUUUUUAGCAUGUCAGCGUGGGGUACUUCAAUGAUAUUGACUUACGAGUAUCUGAAACGCUUAUGUUCAAAAGAUGAAUAGAUGCAACUGGUCCGCAAGCUUGUCUUUUAUUCAUUGAUUAGCCAAGAUUUGGGUGAUGGAGUUGGAUAAACACACAAAGGCUUGUAAUCCUGUACCUUCAGCACUGGAGUUGCUGUUCCACAUUUAUCAGUCUUGACUUAAGGGUUAAACUUUAUGCAGUAUAAAGCUAUUCUAACAGAUUAUUCUGAAAACAAUUGCUGGAUAUACUACAUAUGGAAAAUUUUCCAACUAGAAAAUUACUAGUUUCAUUUUUUUUAUGAUUAAAUUGGAUACAUAAUAUUCUUUUUUAGCAUUGCUGCGGAUAAUGUAUCAUGGAAGGGAAGGAAAUAGAUUGCAAUUAAAAAUGUAGUUUAUUGCAAUGAAAU